CCUCUCCUUUCCCCCCACCGUCCCCAGUCGACGACCUCCGCCUCCUCUUCCUCCUCCAAUCACGCCUUGUCCUUCUCUCUAGUCCGCUUUCUCUCCUCCCUUUUCUUGCUUUACUUCUCUCUCGCUUCACAUCGCCCCACCAAAGCCGAAAUGCCUCUCUUCUUUCUCCUCUCCCUCCCCCUCCUCCUCCUCUCCACCCCUCCCUCCCCCGAUCCCUUCACCUCCGGUGUCUCCUACAACAUCGACUGCGGUGGCGCCGCCAACUUCACCUCCGAGUUCGGCCGCCACUGGCUCGCCGACCGCUUCUUCUCCGCAGGCUCCCCGGCGGUGGUCGCCGAGCCCCACCGCUUCCCCCAGCCCCAGGAGUCCACCCUCCGCUUCUUUCCUCCCAACUCCGCCGGCAAGAAGAAUUGCUACUCCGUCCCGGUCCCUCCCGGCCGCUACUACCUCCGCACUUUCACCGUCUACGACAACUACGACAGCAAGCUCCGCUCCCCCAGCUUCGACGUCUCCGUCGAGGGCACCCUCGUCUUCAGCUGGCGCUCCCCUUGGCCCGAGGUCGCCUCCCGCUCCGGCGCCUAUGCCGACCUCAUCGCCUCCGUCGCCGACGCCACCCUCGACGUCUGCUUCUACUCCAUCGCCACCGACCCCCCCGUCGUCGCCUCCCUCGAGAUUGCCGCCGUCGACCGCUACGCCUACGACGGCGCCGGCACCGGCACCGAUCUCAUCCUCGUCAACUACGGCCGCCUCUCCGCCGGCUCUGCCCUCUUCGGCCCGGGCUUCACCAACGACUCCGACGCCUUCUCCCGUAUCUGGCAGUCCGACGCCGACUACCGGAACCGCAAUGUCAAGAUCAAGGCCCUGUCCGCUGGCGGGCACCGGAUUCUCGGCACCAACCAUCCGCCCAAUUACUUCCCUGCUAAACUCUACGAGACCGCCGUCACCACCGUGUCCCCCGGUGCUGCUCUCGAGUACCUCCUGCCGGUCGACACGAGGCUCGACUACAUGGUCUGGUUCCACUUCGCGGAGAUUGAUUCGGGGGUCGCGGCGGCUGGGCAGCGGGUGUUCGACAUCUACAUCGAUGGGGAGAACGUGAGUCGGAUCGAUAUAUUCAAGCAGGUCGGGAGGUUCACUGCGUUCAAGUGGCAGUACAUUGUGGAGAAUUUGACAAGCUCGCCGCUCAGCGUGAAGCUUGAGCCGGUCGUGGGGAAGCCAAUAAUCUGUGGGCUGGAGAACUAUGCGAUGGUUCCAUUGGAUCUGGCUACUGUCCCAAGUCAAGUAACUGCAAUGAGGGCGUUGAAGGAAUCGCUUCGGAUACCAGACAGAAUGGGCUGGAAUGGGGAUCCUUGCGCUCCUUCCACCUGGGAUGCUUGGGAGGGGGUCACUUGUCAUCACAGCGAGGAUGGAUCGGCGCUCGUUGUUACCCAAUUGGAUUUAGGGAGUCAAGGCUUGAAAGGUUAUAUUAGUGAUCAAAUAAGUCUUCUGACAAACUUGGUAAGCUUGAACUUAAGCUCUAAUUCUUUGGGAGGAACUUUGCCGUCAGGUCUAGGUCAAGGAUCUCUCAGAAAAUUGGAUUUGUCAUCCAAUUUGUUUUCUGAGAGUAUUCCAGAUGGCUUAGGCUCAUCCAGUUUGCAGCUUGUUCUACUAAACAACAACCAAUUGGAAGGACAGGUUCCUGAAAAACUCUACUCAAUCGGUGUACAUGGUGGAGUAAUAGAUCUCUCAGGUAACAAAGGCCUGUGUGGUGUACCUACUCUACCUGCUUGUCCUUUCUUUUGGGAAAAAGGUGGUUUGUCGAUGGCUGGCAAAAUUGCAGUUGGUGUUUCAUGUGGUAUUGUUGUCGUUGUGCUACUCCUAAUGAGUUACAUAUGCUGCAUUAGAAGGGGAAGCAAUGACUAUGAUUUUGAGCUUCCUCAAGAUUUAAUCUCAAUUGCAUCAAAAAGAAAUCGAUACCAGAGGCAGAAGUCAUUGAUGCUUCUUGAGAUGGAGACUCAAAAUUCUAAUGGAUUCCCAAAUACUCUGAAUCCUAUCAGCAACCUUUCAAAAUGAAGAUGCUCAACCAACUUUUUUUGCUUUUUCUUUCAAUUAUAAGAGGUUUAAUCAGAUGGCUUUCAUCUUUCCCAAAUGGAGCAUCCAAUGGCAGCAGCAUGGAAUUGAUUGGUUCAAAGUGACCAACGUCCUCCUUUAACAGGAUGCUCGCAGUUGAUGUACGAGACGACCACAUUCUGGGCAUUCCAGUAUGGCAAAAAAAAUUCUGUUAGAAAAACUGGCAUAGGUUGUAGGAUGAAGCAUGUGUAUUCAUAACAUGUAUCUUUCAGAGAAAGAAGCCAAAUUUUGUUAUUGUUGUGUACAUUAAUCCAAUUCUCUCGAUAUGGCCAAGAUGAAGACGUUGCUGGAUGAAGUCCUCUAUUUAGCAAAUGCAACCUUUGGAUAUAACGUGUAAUGAGCAUGAGGACUUUCUGAUAUACUGUAGAAUGAAGAAUUUUCAUAAUAAAGACUGUUUGAAUUAUCAUUA